AUGGUCCUCGAUCGCCAGUCGGCCGCCGUGGCCAAUUCGGUGCACUCGCCGCGCAAAAAGCUUCGCAUCGGCUUCGUCCAUCCGGACCUGGGCAUUGGUGGAGCUGAGAAGCUCAUCGUCGACGCCGCCGUUUCGCUCCAACAGCUCGGACACGAGAUUGUCAUCUUCACCUCGUAUCACGACCCAGCUCACUGCUUCGAAGCAACCCGCGACGGUACGCUCAAGGUGCAAGUGAUGCGCACCUGCAUCCCCCGCUCCGUCUUCGGCUGGUUCCACCUUCCCUGCGCCAUCCUGCAGCAGAUGAGCCUCGUCUUCCAGCUCAUCCUCGCCAUUCUGCUGUUCAACUUCCCUGGCACCCUGCCUCGCUUCGUUGCGAGACGUCUCACGUCUUCCCCGCCGAUCCCCGGCUUCGACCUGUUCUUCUUCGACCAGCUGACGGCGGGCAUUCCGUGGCUCAAGAUCCUACUAGCGACGAGGGUGGUCUACUACUGCCACUUUCCGGACAAGGAGAUCAGCAAUUCGAUUGCCAUGCAGAAGGCUCACGCGCGUGGCGAGUCCGGUCCCUCGAUCUUCCGCAAGUUCUACCGGCUACCGUUCGACCUGUUCGAAGAGGGCACCACCGACUACGCGGACAAGAUUCUGGUCAACUCGGAGUUCACAGCGGCGCAGUUUGUCAAGUCGUUCUUCCGGCUCAGGAGGCAGCCGAGGGUGUGCUACCCUGGUGUGGACUACCAGAACUUUGAGAGCGACAAGGUGGAGCAGGCAGUGAAGAGGCUGGAGAAGGAGGCGCAGGAGGUGGGCGAUCCGAUUCGCAAAUCCAUCACCCAAUUCUGCCAGGACAGCAGCAAGACGACGCUCCUCUCGAUCAACCGUUUCGAGGCCAAGAAGAACGUGGCUCUCGCUCUGGAAGCUUUUGCGAUCGCGCAGAAGGAGCUCGCUGCUACGUCGACCGCAGGCGAUGACGUCGGCCCACUUCGACUCAUCCUCGUGGGCGGAUACGACAAGCGCGUGCAUGACAACGUCGCAACGCUCAAAGAGCUGCAGGAGCAAGCGAAGCAGCUUGGGCUGUCAUCGGUCACGCUCAGCUACUACCGCAAGACGUUCGAGGAGACGCCCACGACGGCGCCUCCUGCGGCCGAGCUCUCCAAGGCGUCGGUGAUCUUCCUGCCGUCUCUGCCCAUGCCGCUCAUCCACACGCUGCUGCUGAACACAUCAACCAAGGCGCUGCUGUACACGCCUACGGACGAGCAUUUCGGUAUCGUACCACUGGAGGCUAUGGCGUGCGGACUGCCCGUCCUUGCAACUAACACCGGUGGACCUGUGGAGACGGUCGUCGACCUUGCCCUGUCCGCCGAUGGCACCCCUACGAACCUCACCACCGGCACGGGUCUGCUUCGUCACCCAUCUGCGUCCAUCUGGGCAGUCUCGCUCGUCGCCCUCCUCCGUCUCUCGCCGUCGCACCGCAGUCAAAUCUCCAGCUCGGCCAAACAGCGCAUCAAAGAAAAGUUCUCCACCGAAGUCCUAGCUCUCGCCCUCGAGCGCGCCUGCUACGACGCCUACGAGCUCGGACGGGUCAAAGGCGACGAGGGUCUGUACCAGUGGAGCUCGACCAUCGCCAUAUUUGUCGUCAUGAGCGUGCUCUUCUGGGUCAACGUGUAUUUUGCCCACGACAAGUGGUUGGCUCAGCAAGCGGCCAAGUUGGCCGUGGAGAAGGACAAGUGGUUGGCAGAGUUGAGGGCACACGGGUUGAUCGCGGCCGCGCCGGUGGUGGGUGGGUUGAACCCCAACGCGGACCCGGUUGCCCAGGCCCCGCCGCCGACGCCGUUGUGA